AGCUGUCGUAACCACACUAUUGCAAGCGAGGCCCCAUACCUUCAGCUAGAUCGCUCUCCACUACCCUCGCUCAUACAACGAGACACGUCGCAGUUCAGCGUGUUUGGCGUGGCUACUGCGCUCGACAACAUAUGCCACACUUAUGACGCAUUCGGAAUCCCCACUCUGGACGCUAUCCAUAAAGUAUGGAUCGCAGCAAGUGGAAACAUCGCUUCCACCAUCCGCGACCGUGUUGCAGCUCCAAGAGCGGCUUCAGGAGCUAACAGGGGCGUUUGUGCGGAAACAAAAGCUCAUCUAUAAGGGUAAAGUGCUCGCAGCCAGCUCGGACCUCUCCAAGGCCGGCUUGUCCCAUGGCGCCAAGCUCAUGCUGCUGCUCAGCGAUGCCACCGCCGUCGCAACGCAGGGGCAGCAGGCGCUGCAGCAGCAGAAAAAGGCGCGACAGGAGGAGGCAGCACAGCGCGUGCGGGACAUGUAUGCCCAAGCCAAGGGCCUAGGUGGCGCUGCUGCGACUGCCAUGGCUGCGGCUGAAAAGUCCGCUGCAGCGGCAGCAGCGGCCGCGGCCGCAAACCCAGCUAUUGACUGGCAGGAGCGCAAGCGGGCAUGGGAGAAGACAGCCAUCAUCGCGCUCCGCGACCUGGGACUCUCCUCCCUGCCCGCCGACCUCUUCUCCUCGCCCGGCCUCUCCUCCGCGCGCGUCGCGGACCUCUCCCACAACCGCCUCACAUCACUGCCCGCCUCCCUGAGCCGCCUCACCAGUCUGCACACACUGCGACUGGAACGCAAUGCGCUGGGGGACAGCGGCGACGGCGACGGCGUCGGGGUCGGCAACCAGCCCAAGGGAUCAGCAGCAGCAGCUGGGGAGGAGGAGGGCGCUGCAGCAGAGGGCGCUGCUAGGGAGCAGGGGCGUGAGGAGGCUCGGACUACUGAUGCGGGGCUGGGGCUGUGCUGGUGUGCCCCGCUGGCGUCGCUGGGGUCGCUCACGGCGCUUCACCUGGACGGCAAUCGGCUGCGGGAGCUGCCGGAGGGGGUGUUCGGGGAGGGCGGCAUGCGGGCGCUGCAGGUUCUCAGCGUGUGCGGUAACGCGCUGACCCGGCUGCCCGCCUCGCUGGGGCGCAGCGGGGCGCUGCGGCUGCUGGCGGCGGACGACAACCAGCUGCAGGAGCUGCCGAAGGAGCUAGGCUGCUGCUCGGGCCUGCAGGAGCUCUCCGCGGCGCGCAACCGCAUCGCAGCGCUGCCGGAGGAGCUGGGGCGGCUGGGGGCACUCAGGAGCCUGAGACUGGACGGGAACAGGAUCGGCUCCGUACCCGCGGCGCUGCUGCAGGGCUGCUCCAGCCUGGCCUCCCUCUCGCUGCAUGACAACCCCAUCACGGCCGACCAGCUGCGAUCCACCCCGGGGUUCGAGGGCUACGACCGGCGGCGGGUGGCGCUGUGCAACAAGCAGCUGGAGGGCGGCGUGCUGCAGCAUGCGGGGCGGAGCUUCACG